AUGUCUCCAGACCUCAACUCUCUCCCCCCAUCAGUCUUUGGGGAGGCCCCUCGCCCCGCAGAUGGCGGCGAGCAGCCAAACAUCCUGUACAUCAUGGCGGACCAGCUGGCUGCUCCCCAGCUCAAGAUGUACAACCCCGACUCCCAGAUCAAGACCCCCAACCUGGACCGUCUUGCUGCCAGCGCUGUCCAGUUUGACUCGGCCUACUGCCCCUCCCCCCUCUGUGCCCCCUCCCGUAUGAGCAUGAUCACCGGCCUGCUGCCCAUGAAGAUCGGUGCCUUCGACAAUGCCUCCCAGAUCAGCUCUGAGAUCCCCACGUAUGCCCACUACCUCCGCGCCAAGGGCUACCACACUGCCCUGGCCGGCAAGAUGCACUUCGUCGGUGACCAGCUGCACGGGUACGAGCAGCGUCUGACCAGCGACAUCUACCCUGCCGACUUCGGCUGGGCCGUCAACUGGGACGAGCCUGACACCAGGCUCGAGUGGUACCACAACGCCAGCUCCAUCCUGCAGGCAGGACCCUGUGGGCGCAGCAACCAGCUUGACUAUGACGAGGAGGUCAUGUACAAGAGCACUCAGUACCUGUGGGACCACGUUCGUGAGGGCCCCAAGAAGCGGCCCUUCUGCUUGACGGUCUCUUUGACUCACCCCCAUGACCCCUAUACCAUCACCAAGAAGUACUGGAACCUGUAUGAGGGCGUGGACAUCAACCUCCCCAAAGUCCGCAUCCCCAAGGAGGAGCUAGACACCCACAGCAAGCGUCUGAUGAAGGUUUGCGACCUCUGGGACCAGGACUUCACUGAUGACCAGAUCAAGCGUGCUAAGCGUGCCUAUUAUGGCUCCGUCAGCUACGUGGAUGACUGCAUCGGUAGACUGCUGGAGACCCUCGACGACGCUGGCCUGGCUGACAACACCAUUGUCAUCUUCAGCGGUGACCACGGUGAUAUGCUGGGUGAGCGAGGACUCUGGUAUAAGAUGAGCUACUUUGAGUCGUCUGUCCGUGUUCCCCUCCUGGUCAACUACCCCAAGUGGUUCGAGCCUCACCGCGUCUCCAAGAACGUCUCGACCCUCGACAUCCUCCCCACUGUCUGUGACCUCGCUGGAACCAAGCCCUCUCCCUACCUGCCCAUGGACGGCGUCAGUAUGAUGCCUCAUCUCCAGGGCAAGGAAGGCCACGACGAGGUCUUCGCCGAGUACACCGGCGAGGGCACCGUCCGCCCCCUCUUCAUGAUCCGUCGCGGCCCCUGGAAGUACAUCACUUGCCCUGCCGACGAGCCCCAGCUCUUCAACCUGGCCCGCGAUCCCGAUGAGCUGGACAACCUUGCUCGGUUCCGCAAGAUCGAGCCCAAGACCCCCGAGGAGCAGGAGGCCAAGGAGAAGUUCAACCAGAUGAAGGCCGAGGCCGACGACAGAUGGGACUACGAUGCCAUCACCGCUGAGGUCUUCCACUCCCAGCGUAGACGCCGUGUGGUGUGGGAUGCCCUGAAGCUCGGCAGCUUCACCAGCUGGGACUUUAACCCAGAGGAUGACGGCCGCCAGAAGUAUAUCCGCUCUACGAUUCCCCUUGACGACCUGGAGCGCCGCGCUCGCUUCCCCUUCGUUGACAUUUACGGUGCUGAGCUCAAGAACUCUGUCGUGAACUCGACUCGUGGCGGUUAA